AUGGGUCGGCGCCUAAUUGCCUUAGCUAUCCUCACCUUCACCUUUUUCACCUUCAUUAUCCUUCCCACCGAGGCCCUACCAAAACCUCAGCAGCCGAAACUCCAACCGCAACAGCCGAAACCCCAACCACAGCAGCCGAAACCCCAACUGCAGCAACCAGGUCCCAAACCAGUGGUUCCCCAGCAACCAGGACCCAAGCCAGGGGUUCCCCAACAACCAGGUCCCAAGCCAGUAGUUCCCCAGCAACCAGGACCCAAGCCAGGGGUUCCCCAACAACCAGGACCCAAGCCAGCAGGUCCCCAACAGCCAGGACCCAAGCCUGCAGGUCCCCAACAGCCAGUACCCAAGCCAGCAGGUCCUCAGCAACCGCUACCCAACCAACCAGGUCCUCAGCAGCCAGGGCCGCAACAGCCAGGACCCAAACAACCGGGUCCUCAGCAGCCGGGGCCCCAGCCACUACAGGAGGCAGGACCUAAUAUCCUGCGGGAUGGUUUGAGUCUCGGGUUUUACGCAAAGACUUGCCCCAAGGUUGAGAAUGUUGUCGCCGAUGUUGUCAAACGUGUUUCACAGCGAGAUCCCAAACUCCCUCCUGCCCUCAUCCGCCUCUUGUUCCAUGAUUGUUGGGUCAAGGGUUGUGAUGCCUCAAUCUUGUUGGAUGCCACACCAUCUGGUCAGGCCGUAGAGAAGCUGUCUGAUCGCAAUGGUAGAACACUGCGAGGUCUUGAGGUUAUUGAUGAGAUAAAGACCCAGCUCGAGAAGGAAUGCCCACGAACUGUAUCCUGCGCUGACAUACUAGCAUUUGCUGCUAGGGAAGCCGUAAUACUUGCCGGCCUACCACGCUACGAUGUCGUCGCCGGCCGCCGUGACAGUUCGACUUCACGUGCUAUUGAUGCCGAUGAGUCCCUCCCUACACCUAAAGACGAUCUGAAAAAAAUAAUAGGAAUGUUCAACCAGAGAGGCUUUUCACCAGAAGAUAUGGUUGUCUUGUCCGGAGCACACUCCAUUGGUGCAGCACAAUGUGGCCAAGUUAGAGACAGAUUAUACGCGUUUGCCCCAAAUGUGCCCAGAGACCCUGCCAUAGACCCAGCCUAUGCUGCUGACCUCACCAAGAAGUGCCCAGCACAGCCACCUCCGGGGCCAGAACUUUUCAUGGUGGACUUGGAUCCCACAACACCGUUGAAACUCGACAAUCAGUACUAUUUGAACCUGCAGAAAAAGAGAGGCUUGCUUCAAUCGGAUCAGGUGCUGGCUACUGAUCCCGGCACCGUAGGAUUUGUGAACCAAUUGGCCGGUGACAAUGCAGGUUGGAGUAGAAAGUUCGUCAAUGCCAUGGAAAGGUUGGGGAAAGUUAGUGUUCUCACUGGAGACGAAGGACAGAUAAGACUAAACUGUCGGGCGUUUAACAAAUAA